GUGAAAUUGAGUCCUCCUGGGGUUAGCAUAGAAGAUGCCUAUGUUCAACUGUUUCCUUUAAACAAACAAAAAUGCCCUCAUAUAGAUCCUAUAAGAGAUAUUACUUAUCAGCUCUUUACCAGGCACAAUCCUUUACAACCAUCCCAAUUAAGAAUAAACGAUGACGAGGCCCUAUACAGAUCCCAUUUCAACUUUUCUGAACCAACGGUGCUUUUCUUCCACGCUUUUUUCGAAUCCUCUCAAGCUACACCCGCUUCUUUAAUCAGAUCAGCAUUUCUUCAACGAAAGGAUUACAAUGUUUUGCUGAUGGACGCCCAACGACUGGAAGCCGGUCCCUGGUACCUCACCGCCUCGCAAAACACCAGGGUAGUGGGCAAGUAUACGGCCCAAUUCAUCGAUUAUUUGGUGACCAAGGGGCUGUAUUUACCCAGCUUACAUUUAACUGGACUAAGCUUAGGGGCUCAGAUGGCAGGAGUGUGCGGGCAAAACGUCAAAAGCGGGAGAAUCCAAAGAAUAACAGGAAUGGAUCCAGCUGGUCCCUUGUUCAAGAAAUGGCCGAAGAGCCUUAAGCUCGACGCUGGCGACGCCGAAUUCGUGGACGUCAUCCACACGGACGCGGGAAUUUUCGGCUACCCCACGUCGAUUGGGCACGUGGAUUUCUGGCCGAAUCGCGGAAUCUCGCCGCAACCAGGCUGCACCAUCCCGGAGGUGAAGCGGCGAAAUCCCGAUUCGAUAAUAGAGCCUUUUUUUUGCAGUCAUUGGCGAUCGUAUCAGUUCUUCGCGGAGUCCGUCAUAAAUCCGUAUGCUUUUGCUAACGCAGUGUCGUGCGAUUCGUGGGAGGGUUAUAAAGAUGGGAGUUGCAAUUACGAAACGAGGGCGUCUACAAGAAUGGGGCUUUACGUCGAUUUAGAGGCGAGAGGAAAUUACUAUUUACGGACAAAUCCAGAAUCUCCUUUUUCUAUGACAUAACUGUCACAUUCACAGAUUAGUACUAUUACUGUACGCAUGUUAGAACUAUUACAGCUCUAUAAACAAUACAGUGCCAAAAGUAAACAUCCAAGACACAGAAAUAGUUUUCUUUAGAAAAUCCUUCACUAAUCAUCAUUAAUAUGGAGUUUUAAAUAAUGGCGUUUAAUUAAUUAUUGUGUACAUUAGAUAAUUUUCGUUAAUUUAAUGAGAAAUUAGUAAUAAAUAUAUCUUGUUCCUGAAUUUUCAGAUUUGUAACUCUUCAGGAACUCUGAAAAGUUCUAAUACACGGCUACCGUGGAAAACCCUGUAUUGUUUUUCCAUAGUAAUGUGCCACCCUGUAUAAUGGAAUAAUUUAUUAGCGAAAAAUAGUAUAUUUGGUCUGUAAUUUACUAGUACAAUAAAAUUAACUUCCUUCAUUGGCACUUGUAAUUCAAAAUCAGUAUUUUACUUUAAAUUGUCAUUAAAAUAGUUAAUUGGAAGUAGGUAUGUUGCUUUUUUAAAUUCUAUAAAAAUGUUCAAUAAUUCUUAGACAUUUAAUGAAUUAAUAU